AUGUUCGCUCCAUGUAAACUGUUUGCGGUGGCAGCAGGCCUAUCCGUUGUGCGAGCGCAAGUAGGUAUUUACGGCCAAUGCGGAGGGAGUGGAUAUACAGGUUCUACCCAGUGUGUCUCGGGUGCCGUCUGCUCGUCCUAUAACCCUUAUUACUACCAAUGUAUCCCUGGGGUAACUACGGGUAGCUCAACAAAUGAAGCAACUUCCACGUCGACCAGAGUCACCAGUGCCACAUCCAAGACUCUUGUGGCAUCUUCGACCAGUACCAUCCUUAUCGAGACUUCAACGCCCCAGUCAUCCGGUGCUGCCUCUUCGAAGCCAUCGUCGAGCGCUAGUGCACAAGUCUCAUCAUCAGCCAUCAAGUACCUCAUGGUAUUUGGUGAUUCUUACUCCACAACAGGGUCGUGGAUAGGCGGCGACAAGCCUUCAGCACGCAACCCGAUCGGCAACCCGACUCUUCCUGGAACGACUACGAGCGGUGGUCUUAAUUGGGUUGGUCACGUUACCAGCAAGCUCAAUACAUCACUGGUGCUAGCGUACGAUCUAGCUGUCUCUGGCGCCGUGACAGACUCCAGUAUCGUGGAUGGCUACGCAAGCUAUAACUUCGAUGGCCAGGUCGACUUGUUUCAGAGUUACCUGUCGAGCAAGCCUGACUAUGCGCCGUGGACCUCUACAAACACUUUGGUCGCGGUGUGGAUAGGUAUUAACGAUGUUGGCGAGUCUUUUUGGGACUUUGCUGCAACGCCAAUUAAUGCUGUCAUGGAUCGCUAUUUCGACUUGUUGCUGACGUUGUAUGACGAUGGCGCGACCAACUUUGUCUUAUUCUCUGUUCCACCAUUUGACCGCGCACCUGUUAUGGUGGGCCAGUCCGCCGAUCGUCUCAAUGCGUUGCGAUCGAACAUAACGGCAUAUAACUCAGCUCUUUCGUCUAGGCUUGCUACCUUCAAGGCCGCGCACAAGGGGAUCACUGCGCAGUUGUUUGAUAGUUCGCAAGCAUUUGAGACUGUGCUGAACAGCCCAACGAAAUAUGGCGCUUCAUCCGACGUCACAUGUUACAACUCUGACGGCACCACUUGUGUCUGGUAG